CCAUGGCUGCCAUCCGGAAGAAGCUGGUGAUCGUGGGGGAUGGGGCCUGCGGGAAGACCUGCCUGCUGAUCGUCUUCAGCAAGGACCAGUUCCCCGAGGUCUACGUGCCCACGGUCUUCGAGAACUACAUCGCCGACAUAGAAGUUGACGGCAAGCAGGUGGAGCUGGCCCUGUGGGACACGGCGGGGCAGGAGGACUAUGACCGGCUGCGGCCCCUCUCCUACCCGGACACGGACGUGAUCCUCAUGUGCUUCUCCAUCGACAGCCCGGACAGCUUAGAGAACAUCCCGGAGAAGUGGACGCCGGAAGUGAAACACUUCUGCCCCAACGUGCCCAUCAUCCUGGUGGGGAACAAGAAGGACCUGCGGAGUGACGAGCACACCCGCAGGGAGCUGGCCAAGAUGAAGCAGGAGCCCGUGAAGUCGGAGGAGGGGAGGGACAUGGCGAACAGGAUCAGCGCCUUUGGCUACCUGGAGUGCUCGGCCAAGACGAAGGAUGGUGUGCGGGAGGUCUUUGAGAUGGCCACGCGGGCUGGCUUGCAAGUCCGGAAAAACAAGAAGCGUAAAGGCUGCCCGCUCCUGUGAGGUGGCCGUGCCGGGAAGGAAGUGACUGCCAUCUGUACUGUAUCCGUCUGCCCCCCGCGGGCGUGUGGGGCAACACGCUUCUCACUCUGAGGACGUGCCUGGCCCCCCAGGGCCCUAGCCCCCACCUGCAGCACACACAGGGGUGUCUAGCGGUGCUGUCACCUGUGGACUGUCCUAAGCCGGUAGGAGCAUCUCUGGCAGACACCGCGGUUCUGUGAAGACCGUACAGUGCAUUUGAGUAGCUCUCCAUGCUGUAUCUCAGUCCCGCUUGGCACUAAUCCCUCCUCCCCGAUGCUCUGUUCAGAUUCUCUGCAAUAUUUAAUCUCUCUACCUUCA